AUAUCCUUGUUAGUGGGUGAGAGGCAUCAGAUUCAAUGUUAUCGCCGAUCUGACUCUGAAAAUAUCUCCUCUAUAUAUAUCCUAGGCCAUCGAUCGAAGUUCAGAAGAAGGCAAGCGCAUAGAAAUAUAAUUCAAUGGAGUUCCAGUAUUUCCCCAGAAACUACGACGGACGACGCCACAGCGGAUGGAAACCUUCCGCCACCGUCGCCGAUAACGACCACGACGACGGCGGUGGGAGUCGCGGGCCUUACCAUCGCCAGCACCAUCCCAAGCACCACGUGACAUUUAAGGCUGACGAAGAGGAGAUCAGAACCAGCAGCUCCGUCAUCCCACAAGAAAACGUCGUCGUUUACGACAACGAUCGCAGUGAUAAUUAUACUCCCAAAGGCGUUGAUGAAGAAGCUGACGCCUUCAUCAAGCACGAACACAGCAGGAUCCGAUUAGCCAGGCUCAGGUCUCUCAACCCUGUCUGAGUUAUAGCCACGACUAUACAUACAUAGUCACACAGGACUCGAUGUGAGGUGCAUGGUAAAUCAAGAAUAUAUAUAAUAUUAUUUAACAUAAUACUUUCAUGCAACGAGUAGGUUUGAGAUAUAGAUAUUGGGAGUAAUAUUUGGACUUUAGCUUUGUAUUUGAAUAUUUGAUCGAAAUAAUACAUCCAAGAAGGCCGUACUAUAUGACUCUGUGUUGAUAUCAGUCAUAUUUGUAAGAGAUUGGAGAUUGUCUCUCUCAACACAAGUAUAAGUGAUUGUUUUGCUACAACUACUAUUAGAUUAUUGCUGUUGUAUAUUUAUACGCCAAAAUAGAAAGUUGUUUGUGAUCUAUUAUAUUAUUUUUGGUAAUAUAUCUAACGUUAUGGUAGUGA